AUGGAUAGAAUGCAGUACCUCCAGCUCAUUUCCAAGCUAAAGCACCUACCAAGACGAGGCUGGGUACUCUCAGAGAUCCAGUCUCCAGAAACAGUUGCAGGCCACAUGUACAGAAUGGCUAUGUGCGCUUUUCUUUUGCCUUCUACAUAUAACACCAGCAAAAUCAUCAAAAUGUCCUUGGUCCACGAUGUGUGUGAAAGUAUUGUUGGUGACAUCACGCCCCACGACAAUGUUCCCCAGCAGGAAAAAUUUCAACUGGAGUACAAUGCGAUGAUCAGGAUCUCUGCUUUGCUGCCCCACAGCUGAAGUAAAGAAGAAAUGCUCAGUCUUUGGCUCGAGUACGAAGAAGGGAGCACAGAAGAAGCCAGAAUUGUGAAGGACCUCGACAAAUACGACAUGAUCGUGCAGGGAUUCGAGUACGAAAAAGACCACUCCAAAAACCUGCAAAGCUUUUUCCAAGGACUCGGGAUUUUUCAAACAGAAAUCGUGAGAGGAUGGGCUGAAGAGCUAUACAGAGAAAGGCAAGCGUAUCAUAAUAACACAUUAGUAUAG